CAGAGCAUGAGGAGUGUUGAUUGUUAUACCUUUAGUUCCUAGUACGUUGGUAGAAGGACCUACUCAGCCGGAUAAGCAACUUUAGCUGAACAGUUUUUAAAAGCAGGCUGUUUUGUGUCAGAAGAAUGUUUAUUUCAGGAAGUUUCCAUAUCAUUUUUCUGGAUCUCACAAGCUAGCAGCCUGACAAGACAUGGGGAUAGGAGGCUGCCACUGUUAGGGUUUAUCUACCUGUUCAAACAACAUUGCAAUACCAAAAAGAUAAAUGUACACAGUGGCAAAUUCCACAUUGUGCCUAGCAUUUCAGCAGGCAUUGACUGAACUAUCCUUUUUAUUGGUGUGGCAGUCUACUCCCAUCGGAACUGGAAUCUGAUUUCUUCUGGGAUACAUAGAAAGGAAUUCCUUAAAGAUAAACAUGACUACCUCAGCUCUGUGUUGACUGAACUAUCCGUGCUUGUGCAGCUAUCUUCCAUUAGAACUGGAGUAUUUUUUUCUUCUGAGAAGCACAAAGCAGAAUUUCUUAGAACAAUGACUACCUCAGCUCUCAGGAGGCAAAUGAAAAAUGUGGUCCAUAACUAUACUGAUGCAGAGAUUAAGGUCCGUGAGGCAACUUCUAAUGACCCUUGGGGGCCUCCAACAACCCUGAUGUCUGAAAUCUCAGACAUGACUUUCAACACCUGCACACUCACUGAGGUUAUGGGGAUGAUAUGGAAGCGACUGAAUGACCAUGGGAAGAACUGGCGACAUGUAUACAAAGCACUCAUGCUCUUGGAUUACCUUAUAAAGACUGGUUCAGACAAAGUGGCCCAACAAUGCAAGGAAAAUAUCUAUGCCAUCCAGACACUGAAGGAGUUCCAGUACAUUGAUAAGGAUGGAAGGGAUCAGGGAAUUAAUGUGCGUGAGAAAGCCAAGCAGCUAGUAAAUCUAUUGAAAGAUGAAGAAAGACUGAGGGAAGAGCGUGCCAAUGCCCAGAAAACAAAAGAGCGAAUGUGUAGCAUAAGUUCACGAACCAGUGCAAGUCAUAAGGAUGCAUUUCCCCGUGCAUCGAGUCAACCCACUUUGUACUCUGCUUAUGCAGAUGACUGCACAAGGUCAAGAGGCUCUCCAUCAUCCUAUAAAUCUUCAUCUUCAUCACCUAGGUUAGCUGCAGACCUGGAGCAGGCCCGUCCUCAAACAUCUGGGGAAGAAGAGCUUCAUUUACAGCUUGCAUUGGCUAUGAGUCGUGAAGAAGCAGAAAAGCAAGCUGAAGUCCCUCCUACGGAUCUUGAAGAGGAAGCCCAGAUGAAGAUUGCUUUGAAUCUGAGCAAACGUGAAUAUGAAAAGAUUAGUUCCAAAAAGUCACCAACUUUAUUGGAGAAAGAUGCACCAACUUUAUUGGCAAAAGCUAUGAAAGCACGUCAAGAAGAAAAACUCCCCAGUACCUCCCAGAGUGAAAAGUCUGCACUGGUAGAUCUUUUAGAUGUGUUUGUCGCAGAUCCUACAGCUCCGCCUCCAUCAGGCAUGCGGAACACGACCAAUGGCACUGAUGCAGUGAGUGAUCCAUGGAGAAAUGGGCGUGCCACAUCACCUACCUUUGCAGAUCCUUGGAAUACAACAGGUACACUGCUCACUACUAAAGCACAACAAGAGACUGUGUCCUGGUUGAACACCAACGACUGGGCGAUGUCCACAUCUACCUCUGGUCAAUGUUUUGAAGCUAUACAGAAUAAAAGGAGUUCACCGCAACCCAGUAAAGUGGCUUUGGAGUCCUGGUCUCCCAUUAAGACGUAUGCUGACCCCUGGGGUAAGAUCAGCUCUGACCCUACCCAGAGUUUAGCAGACCCCUGGUCAAAAAGUGCAGAGAAAAGUCUCCAGUCUGGUACUGCUGACAGUGCCAUGUUUGACCAUUAUGCACAGCUGGGUGACCGAACAGAAAAGGAUUUUCCAGAAAGAAGCUCAACCCCUCCUCGAUGGCUAACUGUCGAGUCUAGCAGUCCAGUAGAGCUGGAUUUCGCUGUUGAACGUGCAACCAUUCCUAGGCAGAACGGUAGUCGAAGUCUGGAUUUUUUUGACCUUAGUGGCCUUGAUCAAGAACUUGGUGAUUUCCAGAGAAACCGACGGAAUUGCAGAACACCUGAAUCCUUCUUGGAUGCUAGUGCUGCCAAGCUGGUGAAUCUGGAGUCACUGAUACCCCAGGAACCCCAGAGAAGGAACACUAAAAAUCCUUUCUUAACAGGUCUAAGUACUCCAUCUCCAAACAACCCUUUCAAUACUGCAGAUCCUUCUAAAGUCACAUUGGAUCAAAUGCGAAAAACAUCAUCGACACCACAGCCGAUUGUGCCUUCCAGUAAUGUCAUGGAUGCUCCCAGUUUCUUUACACCAUACAGUUCAUCACUGCCACUGCCACUAAGCAGUCUUCCAUUUGCACAAGCUGUUCCCACCUCUGUUAAUGCCCAGACAGUUGGGAAGAUCGAGCCUAGGGGGGCAACUGCAGCUCUUGGGAUGCCUGUUAACCUGCCUCCUCCACUGCUUCCAUUCUCACCUGACAUUUCGCACACACAAGGGUCUCAAAACCCAUUUUUAUAAUGUGGUUCUUCAUUAACUCUCCACUGUUCUUUGUCACAUUUCAGAGUGUUUGAUGUUUCUCACCUGCAUGCAAUCAGAUUAUUGUCUUCACCUUUUGGGUUUGGCACAAGCUAAAAGCAGUUAAUCAUAUCAGUGUACAGAAAAAGUGAAACGUAUGGAUUUCCUCCUGUUUUCUGACUGCCUUUGGCCUGGAUCUAACUUGACUCAUGAACUGUGGGAUAAAAAAAUCGUUGCAUACCUAUCAGCCACUUGCAUCGCUCUUCAGAAAUUUGUGUAGAAAGCAAUGUUAUCAAUAUUAUUUAAGUACUUCCUAUAGUUAUUCAUUGUGUUAUCAAGGAAUCUGUAUAAAAAUGUUAUCAAUGUUAUUCAAAUGCUGCCUACAGUGAAAUCACCGUUAGCUAUGCAAUCAGUUGCCAUCUAGGGCAGAAGACACAUGUUCCUCAUGUUUCAGCUAUAUAUUAGGAGACCAGCCUUCUGUCUAUCUUUCCUUCCUUUGUUUCCUGUAUUCCACUAGAUUAUCAGAUUAGGACCAGAUGUUAAGAACUUUGUGUCAGAGAGGACAGUGGUGGUGAACUGUCAUUCAUAUUUGUGCCCACUGCCUAGGUUUUGUUUUCUAUUUGGACAUGCAGAUGUUCACAAGUACCUCUAUGGCUGAUACAAGAACUGAUAUGAGGAUCAAAAAGUCUGUAGUCCUGAACUGCUCUAGAAACAUAAUAUGAAUCAACAUGCAAUAGGCAACAAAUAUAACCCUGGCUUAUGUGAUUUUGCAGUGCAAAGAAGACAGGAAGAGUUUCAUAGUAAGCAAUGAGACUAACAUGAAGUAUGUGUACAUUUAUGGAGAGAGGCAUUUAUCAGGGAGUGCAUAUAAAGUUACUGUUGCAGGGAAAUGUCAAGUACUGUUUAUCUAGCAUUAAAUAAAUUUAACACUAAACGGUA